AUGAUAGUGAGGAACUUGAAAGUGGCUGUGAUAGUGAAGAAGGGUCUACUACCAGCAAUGGAUGAACUUUUGCCAGGUGUUGAACAAAGAUUCUGUGUGAGGCACCUUUAUAAUAACUUCAGGAAGAAGUAUCCUGGUAAAAUGUUGAAAGAUGCUAUCUGGAAAGCUGCAAGGUCAACCUAUGUACAAGCUUGGGAGAGAGAAAUGAGGUCUAUGAGACUUAUUAGUGAUGAGGCAUAUUUACAUAUGAUGAAGACAUCUCCAAGAUUCUGGAGUAAAUCAGACUUUAAGGUAACUAACAAAUGUGAUACUCUACUCAAUAACAUGUCUGAGGCAUUCAAUAGUGUGAUCCUUGAGUCAAGGACCAAGCCUUUAGUAACAAUGCUGGAAGAGAUCAGGACCUAUUUUAUGGAGAGAUGGGCUAAGAAUAGGAUGCGGUUUGAGAAUUUACCUGAUGAUGCAGUGCUGCCAAACAUUAGAAAACAAGUGGAGAAAACAAGUACCUACACCAACUCAUGGAUUGUAAGGAUGUCUGAUGAACAUAUUUUUGAGGUUAAGCAUGUGCAAGAUCCAGCUGACAUGUUCACUGUGAACUUGAAGGACCACAUAUGUUCAUGUAGGAGGUGGGAGUUGUCUGGUUUGCCAUGUGUUCAUGCAUUGUCAUGUAUGAAGAGUAGGAACUUUAGAUUUGAAGAUUUCAUUCCAGAGUACUAUAGGAAGAGUAGGUACAUUGCUGUCUACAAACCAGUUAUAUAUCCUGUGAAUGGUUCUAACCUAUGGGCAAGGACACAAUACCCAGAUGUGCAUCCUCCUAAGUUCAGAAAAAUGCCUGGCAGACCAAAGAAGAAGAGGAAUCUUGAACAAGGAGAGCUUGAUGGUACUGACAGAAAACUUAGGAGGACAGGACUGAUUGUGAAAUGCAGUAGAUGCAAAAAGUCAGGGCACAACAAAGCUACAUGUAAGGUGACAGGGCCUGCACAGCCAACUACUCAACAAACAUCACAACAAAUUCCUCAAGGGCCUGCACAGCCAACUACUCAACAAACAUCACAAGUAACAACUUCACAGCCAGCUACUCAACAAGUUAGUGCACAGCCAGCUACUCAACAAAGUCAACCAGCUUCUCAGACAUCCAGAACAAGACAAAGUCCUGCAAAAAAAGGCAACAACAAGCAAGGUAAAAAAGCUGGGUGUGAGAAGGCCACAGACUCCUUGGGUACCACCAGGACCAACCACAAGACUAGGUGCAUCAAAAAUUGGGCCAACAACUAG